AUGGCAUCUUUACAGACGGGCACUGUGGCUGUGGAGAAGUCGGGGCUCGAUGGAAAUGAAAGUUUCGAGAGGAAUGACCAAGUCCUUGACCAUGACCGGGAUACGUUCCUGCCUCGUCCUUCUGACGACCCGAAAGACCCUCUGAAUUGGGCUCUCUCACUCAAAGUCGCAGUACUGAUACAAGUCUGCCUCCUCGCCGCCCUCGACACCAUCAACACAGCCAUCACCAACCCGGCCUACAGCCAGCUCGCCCGUGACCUCGACAUCACCAUCGUCCAAGCCUCCUACCAGACAACCGCCGUCAUUACCCUCAAUGGAAUCGGCCCAUUCCUCUGGGUGCCCCUGGCGAAUGUCUACGGGCGAAGACCCAUCUACCUCUUCACCACGCUGCUGGGCUUCGUCUCUAUCCUCGGAUCCGCGUACGCACGCACCUACGGCCAGCUCAUCGGCGCCCGCGUCGUGAAUGGUCUCUUCCCGGCAGCUAUGGCCCUGGGGCCGAGCACGGUGGUCGACUGCUUCUUCUUCCACGAAAGAGGGCGGGCCAUGGGGUUGUUCACGGUGAUCCUGACAACGGGUGCUCAUAUCGCGCCUAUCCUGGGUGGGCUCGUGGGUCAGUUUCUUGGGUGGCGCUGGAUCUUCAAAUUUACGGCCAUUUUGGACGGUGUCAUGUUUCUUGUGAUCCUCAUAGGCUUACCCGAGACGCUCUACGUGCGCGACACCGACGACCUGACGCACACAGCGCCGGCGGACAGAAGGGAGAGGGAGACGUCCUCUCUAGGGAUCAAGGGCUACGUCGCCCGCCUCAAACCGUACGCAGGGCCCUUCCCAGGCCUCAGACUGCGCCUCGGCGACUUCGUCUGGCCCGCCCUCCGCAUGGCCCAGUACCCGUCCGUCCUCUUCCCAGCAGCCUACUAUGCCGCGCAGUACGGCUUCGGCAGCAUCUUGCCCGCCGUGACCGUGGCCGCCAUCUUCAAGGAGCGCUUCGGCUGGGACACGCUCGAGAUCGGGCUCGCGUACGGCGGCGCGCUGACCGUCGGCGGGGUGCUAGGCGAGAGCGUGGCCGGCGUGAUCCUCGACGCCAUCGUGAAGCGCGCGCGGCGCCGCCUCGGCGGCGUCAACCCGGCGCCCGAGGCGCGGCUGCAGGCGAUCUGGACGGGGGCGGCGCUGCUCCCCGUGGGCCUGCUCGUCUACGGCUUCACCAUCGAGUACCGGACGCACUGGUUCGUGCCGCUGUUCGGGAUGGGGCUGAGCGUGUUUGGCUUGCAGCCGAUCGCGACGACGUGCUAUACUUAUAGUAUUGACUGCUACCGCGAGCGGGGUGGGGACGUUGCGACGUUCUUUAAUUUCCUUAGGCAGAUAUUUGGGAUGACGUUUGCGUUCUAUGUGGUGUUGCUUUGUCAGAGGAUUGGAUAUCAGUUUGCAUUCUUGUUAUUUGUCAUAUGGGGGAGCGUGCUUGGUUUCAUACCUAUUUUGAUAUUGAUGUGGAAGGGGAGGGAGAUUAGGCUUUGGUUUGAGAGGAGGGAGGAGGACAGGAGUGAUCAGGGUCGCCCUGAGAGGGAUUCAUUCACGUAA